AGUUAUUUGCUUCUCGCUAAAGCUGUAGCUCCACUAUUUUCGUGCUGUGUAUUAAAGGAGCAUUCAAUGCCUGCCCUGCCUUAGUUUAAUCAGAGCCAAGACUUAUUUAUCCAAUGCCUGCAUGAAUUGAUAGAUAUUUAUGUGACACAUGCCAACACAGUGUAUAGUUGGGUGGUAAACUGGUAAUGGCUGUCGAAGCAUCUUCUAAGCGGGUAAUUGAUGAUUUUGACGACGAAGAUGAUGAGCCAUUGGUUUUUAGAAGGUCAAGCAGUAGUUCAACCUCUAAGAAGAAUCAGUUAAAUCCAGAAAUUAAGAAAUCAUCAAGCACUAAUGGAAAAACCUCCAAUCCCCAAAGGAGCAAGGCGACGCCACAAUCUGCCAAGGCAUCACCACCAUCCAGAUCUCCUUUAGCAAGCCCGAAACCUUCAACAUCAUCUGCCAAGGCAUCACCUGUCAAGUCACCUCCUAUGGUGCGUUCAAAAGUUUUAGCUUCAUUAGAUGACCAGUCAAAACAUUCAUUGAAUAACAAUGCAUCUAGUGCUGCUGUUAAAGAGGAUGUUAAACGAGAACCCAAUUCAAAUAGUGAUAGUGAGGAUUCUGAAGAUGAUAAACCUCUUAGUGCUAGACUUAAGGGAAACUCCAACAAUACUAUCAAGGGGCUAGGUGUGUCUCCUCAUGUAAAAAAUUUGUCAGAAGAUUCAGAUGAUGAAGUUCCUUUAUCAUCAAAAUUUUAUAUGAAAUCAAGUGCAGGGACCUCGGGUAGCAAGCUUGAUGAUUAUGAAGAAAAGAAACCUUCGACUUCUAGAUUUCAGCAGAAUGGUUCUGCCUCGAAGGAUAAGCAGCAAAAAUCAGCGGCAAUAUCGAGCAAGCGACCUGUAGAUAAAAUGAAUUCGUCGGACCAGUCUUCAGCUAAGAAGGCCAAGUUAUUAGAUAUGACUACACCAGUGAAAAUUAAGCAAGUAACAGUCAAAGCAGAAGGGAAGAGAGAGGAUGAUGACCACAUUCCCAUUUCCCAGAGAAUAAAGAAGACGGUCUCCUCAGAUAAUAAAUCGUCGUCCACAAUUAAAAAAGUGACGAAAGUUGUUUCUUCUUCAUCGAAAAAGAUUACAAAGAAUUCUACGAAAGUAAUGAAAAAUUCUAAAUAUUCGAAAUCAACAAAAGUGUCUCCUAGUUCUGGUGAUGGGCAGAAAAAAUGGAUGACUUUGGUUCACAGUGGAGUUAUUUUUCCACCUCCAUACAAGCCUCAUGGGAUUAAGAUGCUCUUCAAGGGGCAGCCUGUGGAUUUAACUCCUGCACAAGAAGAGGUUGCGACCAUGUAUGCAGUGAUGAGAGAGACUGAUUACUAUACAAAACCCAAAUUCCAAGAGAAUUUUUGGACUGAUUGGCGCAAAAUACUGGGGAAAAACCAUGUCAUUCAGAAUCUAAAGGACUGUGAUUUCACGCCAAUAUAUGAAUGGCAUCUGACGGAGAAGGAGAAGAAGAAGCAAAUGAGUUCAGAAGAGAAGAAGGCUCUGAAAGAAGAGAAACUGAAACAAGAGGAAAAAUAUAUGUGGGCUAUUGUUGAUGGAGUCAAAGAAAAGGUUGGUAAUUUCAGAGUUGAACCACCGGGACUCUUUCGAGGCCGUGGAGAGCACCCAAAGAUGGGAAAGCUGAAAAGACGCAUUCGUCCAAGUGACAUUACUAUAAACAUUGGAAAAGAUGUGCCAAUUCCAGAAUGUCCUAUUCCUGGUGAAAGAUGGAAAGAAGUGAAGCAUGAUAACACUGUCACGUGGUUAGCUUUCUGGAAUGAUCCAAUCAAUCCAAAAGAGUUUAAAUAUGUGUUCUUGGCUGCUAGCAGUUCCUUGAAGGGACAAAGUGAUAAGGAGAAAUAUGAGAAAGCAAGAAAGCUGAAGGACUACAUAGAGAAUAUCAGAGCAGCAUACACAAAGGAUUUUACCAGUAAAGAUGUUACAAGGCGGCAGAUUGCAGUUGCUACUUAUCUUAUUGAUAAACUAGCUCUUAGGGCUGGUAAUGAGAAGGAUGACGAUGAAGCAGAUACUGUUGGUUGCUGUACAUUGAAAGUAGGAAAUGUCGAGUGCGUCGAAAAAAAUAAGUUGAAGUUCGACUUCCUUGGUAAAGAUUCUAUUCAAUAUGUUAACACUGUUGAGGUUGAGCUUCCUGUGUACAAGGCAAUUAAGGAGUUUCAAUCUAGAAAACGUGAAAAUGAUGAUCUGUUUGACAAGCUGGAUACAGCUAAACUGAAUACGCAUCUGAAGGAUCUUAUGCCCGGCCUUACAGCGAAAGUCUUCCGUACGUACAAUGCUUCAAUUACAUUGGAUAGUAUGCUGAGUCGGGAUACAAAAGAUGGUGAUGUUGCAGAAAAAGUUGUCGUUUAUCAGCAUGCAAACAAGGAGGUUGCAAUUAUUUGUAAUCAUCAACGCACUGUUUCAAAAUCUCAUAGUGGACAGAUUUUGAGGUUGACAGAAAAAAUAGAAGAGCUUAAGGAUAAUCUAAAAGAGCUGACAAUUGAUCUGGACCGUGCUAAAAGGGGGAAGCCCCCGCUGAAGGAUGCUGAGGGAAAGCAAAAGAGAAACUUGGCCCCAGAAGCCAUAGAGAGGAAGAUUGCUCAAACCAAUGCAAAGAUUGAGAAAAUGGAACGGGAUAUGCAGACCAAGGAAGAUCUGAAAACUGUGGCCCUGGGCACAUCGAAAAUCAAUUACCUUGACCCGAGGAUUACAAUUGCAUGGUGCAAGCGGCAUGAAGUUCCCAUUGAGAAGAUAUUCAACAAGUCUCUUCUCGCCAAGUUUGCAUGGGCAAUGGAUGUGGAUCCGCAAUUCAGAUUCUGAUAUUGCCGUACCCUGUUUUUCUGGAAGCGAAAGAAAAAUGCAGGGGUAAACCUACUCCCUCCUCCCUGCUCCUCUUCCUUCACCUUUCCAUUCCGAUAACCAUUGUUCCCAUUUUUAAAAUAUUUCAGCGGAAAAACCAUGUUGUAUGUUCAUCUAAUCUAAUUGUGAGGAAAUUUAUCCCCUUUUUUCUCUUUUUGCAUUUCCCAUACCAUAGACUGUUCAAUAAUCAAGAAGUUGCAACAUGAGUGUUUAUUUUUCGAACUGUGGAACAUCUCAUACUAACAUUCAAGAUAUCAAGAAUUUACAUUGCAAAUUGUUCAUA